AUGCAGUCUCUAUGGUUUUACGAAGCACAGCGUAGUGGAAAAUUACCCUCGAAUAAUAGAGUGCCUUGGCGUUCUGAUUCAGCAUUAGACGAUGGCAAAGAUAAUAAUGUCGAUUUAACUGGCGGAUACUAUGAUGCUGGUGAUUAUAUCAAGUUCAGUCUACCUCUAUCUUAUUCCUUGUCUAUCGUUGCGUGGGGAGCUGAAGCUUGGUUUGAUGGAUACCAAAAAGCCAAUCAAGUAGAUUAUUUAAAGGAUAUGCUAAAAUGGGGCACAGACUGGCUUAUCAAAGCGCAUCCCAACAAUGAUACAUUUUAUGUGCAAGUUGGAGAUGGCGAUAUUGACAAUAAUUACUGGGGUCCUGACACAGGUAUACCCAAGCCAAGACCAUCUUACCAAGUCAAUAGAACAGCAGUAGGAACCGACGCAGUAGCUAUUUCUAGCGCCGCUUUAGCAUCAGCAUCUUACUUAUUCAGAAACAAAUUUAAUGACUCAGCUUACGCCGAUACCUUAUUGACAAAGGCUAGUUCACUAUUUGAUCUGGCUGACACAGCAACUCCUAGAACUGUAUAUACCAAAGCAAUUCCUGCGCUGGCUGAUUAUUAUGCUACAAACACCUACACAAGUCAACUCACUUUUGCCGCUCUUUGGAUGUACAAAGCUACAGCCGAUUCCAAUUAUCGCACAAAGGCUUCGAAUUACUUUGACCAGUUCAAACUAGGAGAUACAAAAACCAUCGGUGUGAUGGAUUGGAGCGACCAAACUGCUGCUGUUUAUGUUUUGGGAUCUGAACUCGAUUCUAGUAACACAAAAUAUGCUACGGCCGCAAAGCAAGUCCUGGAUACUAUCAUUAACAGUGGCAAAGGCUCACCUUGUACAUUUACCAAUGGAGAUUUAUUAUGGUGUGACGGGUAUAGUGACUCUAAUUCCAUGGUGCCUGCUCAAGACAUGUCUUUGUUAGCUCUAUUAUAUAGUCGGUUGGAUGACACGAGGAAAGAUAGUUACACCCAAUUUGCCAAGAAUCAAAUUGAUUAUAUGCUGGGAAAUAAUUUUAUGGCCACGCCUUACGUGUGCGGUAUCCAUAAAAACUCACCACGUAAUCCUCAUCAUGCUGGCGCGUCGGGCGGUACGGAUAUUGCCAAUAUCAACUCCUCUCCUCCCGAGGAAAAGCAUCUUUUGUAUGGUGCCAUUGUGGGUGGGCCCGACAAGGAUGAUAAGUUCUAUGAUAUCCGUGAUGAUUGGACACAGACUGAAGUAGCAUUGGAUUACAAUGCCCCAUUUCAAGGACUCAUGGCUUACCAACUGAGCACUGGUGCCAAUGAUCCUCCGUAUGUCACAAUCACAAGAGACAGACCAAACGUCAGCAGACCUUCCAAAAUGCCUGGAUGGCUUAUUGCUGUUAUUGUUAUUGUGGUUUUGUUUGUUGUAUUUAUAACAGCUUAUGUUUGCUGGCUAAAGCGUGGAUGUGGAUUGUGUCGCAGAAAACAAAUCGUUUAA